AUGGUAUGCGGUCAGGGAAGCGUUCACGGCGACGAAGUCGACAACAUCCCGAAUCUCUUAACGGAAGAGUUGCAGAAGUAUGUUCGAGAAUUGGAUUGGAAGACGGCUACUCUCACCCGUGCGAUCCAAGAUUUGCGGCAGAGGUUGCCUCCUGCCGACAUCUCCCAACGCCUGCCUCACCUUCUUGCCCACUCCCUCGCAUCCAAUGCUGCUCUGAAGCUGCAGUUGAAUGCUCACUCUGCCACCAAAGAGCAGGUAAAAUUACGCACAGUUUCGUGUAUUUUGAGAUCGACAUCGGAUCAGGGGUUCAUUUUGGGAAUUGAAUUAAAGGAACUGAAAUCAAUUUUAUGGAGUUAUUGUUAG